AUGAGACAGAGGGAAGACCAGCAAUCGGUUUUAAGCUCAAAAAGCCACGAAAGUCCAUGUUCGUCAUCGCGGCCUGAACUAGGCAGUUCAUCAGGGCAAGUUGAAGCACAAUCCCAGAAGCGAAAAGCUGGAAGGAAGAAGUUUCAAGAGACUCGACACCCCGUAUACAAAGGCGUUAGGAGGAGGAAUGGCAAGUGGGUUAGCGAGCUGCGAGAGCCUAACAAGCAGUCCCGAAUCUGGCUGGGGACAUUCUUGAGCCCAGGCAUGGCUGCUAGGGCUUAUGAUGCAGCGGCCUUGGCUCUCAAGGGAGAUUCUGCUUCCUUAAACUUUCCCGAGUCUGCAUAUACAUUACCACGUGCUAGGUCAUCCUCCAUAAGGGAUAUUCAAUGUGCUGCUAUGGAGGCUGCGGAGGCGUUUGGUGAUAUCAAAACGUCAUCAGCUUCGCCUUCAUUGUUGUCGUCUCUGCCGCCAUUGCCAUGCUUGGAGAACUUGGGUAAUGUUGAAGGGAGUUCGAAGAUGUUGUUUAUGGAUGAAGAAGAGGUGUUUAACAUGCCAGGGAUACUUGACAGUAUGGCAGAAGGGUUGAUACUAACACCACCAGCUAUACAAAAAGGGUACUAUCAAGAUGAUGUUGUAGAUGAUUAUGUGGAAUUUACUCUGUGGGGUAAUUAA